AUGGUUGAACAAAUUGUUGAGUACCUCGCUAAUAGCCUAAGCACAUUGACUAUAUUGUCAUGUUUAUUUUUAAAAGUGCCUCAAAUCAUAUACAUCAGGCAGAAGCAGUCCGCUGAGAGCAUAUAUAUUCAAGCAAUGCUAAUGGAAAUUAUAGGAUUCUCUAUUGUGACACUUUAUAAUUUCACUAACGGUUAUAGUAUAAUGACAUAUUUGGAAUAUCCAAUAAUUUUAUUGCAAGUUUAUGUCUUACUUUAUUAUGUUCUGAAAUACCAAAGAUUGUUGUAUAGGCCUAUUGUAGCAUUUGCUAUCAUAAUGUACUUUGCAUCAGUAAUGGGAUUUGCUCUCGGCUUUUUCUCAAGAAAUCUUUUGUCUUACAUGGUGCCAUUUUGCACACCUCUCAGUGGAUUUGCUAAAGUUACAUACAUUUAUGGAAUCAUUAAAGCUGGUAAUGCUGAUGCAGUGUCAUUGACUACGUGGAUUAUUUCAGUUUCCACAAAUAUGUCACGUCUUUUUACUGUAUAUGUGGAUUCCGCUGAUGUGAAGCUCAUGAUAAACUUUUUAGUUUCAACACUGCUUAGCACUGCAGUGUUGGUAACUGCAUUAAUAUAUCAAUAUAAAUAUCCGGCAGUACAAAAAAGACAAAAUAGAAGAAAGUCUUCAUGCAAGAAUCAUGAACAUGCUGAUUAG